GUUAGGUCUGUUCAGCGAUGGACUCUGACGAUUCGGAUUCUGAAGAUGGGAGCAACUCCUCCCCUGACGAGGAUGACCUAUCAGGCGAUGUCUUAUAUGCUCUAAAGACAAGCAUGAUCCAGAGCAAAUUCGACACGGCAGGUCAUUAUUUUCUCCCUGAUGGAAUUCUCGCCCGACUCACAACGAAAACCUCAAUUCGAAAUAUUUUGGGGAUUGAGAAGCCGACCGAAGAGGACAUCAUACUGGUGGACUUUGUUGAAACAAGAGCCAAGAAGGUAUUUGCCAUAUGUGCCUUCAUCGAUCUUCGACCAUUGCAUAAAGCAAUGACACUGUUCCGGAGGAACAACUUUAGCGAUCAGAACUUGCCUAUCAAACCCUGGUCGUCGAAGAAGUUCAAAAGUGCCUCAAGCAACGGUAUACAGCACGAUUUCGUCGCCAUGGAAGGGCCUGUUGACGCCAAGACACAGGAUGUUCUCUGGGCCGGACGAUGGGCCAAGAUAUACGAUUUCCAAGAGGCUCAAUGGAAGUUUCUCGCACCGAUUUUCCGGAUUGACAAAGAUCAUCCAAGCCAGGAUGUUGGGAAACAUAUCUUGCCAUUCAUCUCCAAGCAGACUAUUUCUAGGGAGGGCGCGUUUGGAGACGUUUACCAGUGCGAAAUCCACAAAGAUCAUAUAAAAAGUCUUUUGCAUCCGGAUGAGAAAAUUGAAACCAUGGUUGCCGUCAAACAAAUCAAAGUGGACAACGAAACAGAUCCCAAGAAUGUUGUCACUCACUGGGAGAAAGAGGUAGGGGCUUUGGCGAGAAUGAACGAGUUGAAUCAUGAACACAUUGUUCGUUUCAUCACUGCCUUCCGCCGUGGUAGUGCUAAAGACCCGGAACACCACCUGAUCUUCGAAUGGGCCAAUGGUGGAAAUCUAUUGAACCUGUGGAAGGCAACUCCUCAACCCGUAUUGGAGGCUCCCUUGAUCGAGGCGGUGGUAAAACAGCUCCUGGGACUCGCUGAUGCGCUGAGUGCUGCUCACUAUCUCGAGGAGGAUGGAAAGUUGACCGGCGGAGGGUAUCGCCACGGCGAUCUGAAGCCAGCAAAUAUUCUUUGGUUUCGGGAUUCCAAUGGAAUUGGAAGACUGAAGAUCGGUGAUUGGGGAGAGGCAAAGAUACAUAACGUUGUGACUGCACUGCGUCAUAGCAAAACUACAGCCAAGUUUGCCACCCGCCGCUACGAAGCUCCCGAGGUUGAGACUGGAGUCAAAGCAGUACUUCUGGGCCAGGCAGAGUUCCGUCGGUCCCGGCUUUAUGAUAUAUGGGCCAUGGGUUGUGUUACCCUUGAGUUCAUCGUCUGGCUCCUCUACGGCUAUGACGUGCUGGAUCGAUUUAACAAAAGCGUAAAGAAUGAAUCGAACGGCGAGUCACCAUUCUACCAGCUCAGCAAUGCGAAAGGAAAGAAAGUGGCCAAGGUACAUAGCGUUGUGGAAUACUGGAUCGACCACAUGGCGCGUGAUCCAUCAUGUAAGGCCGGCGCUACCGCCCUCGGGGACUUGCUACAGAUCGUCAGGACAGGUUUGCUUGUUGUGAAGCUUCCUAAGGAGGGAGGUACCUUUAACGACGACAACCCUCAGCAGCCUGAUGUACAACGGCUUCUCACGCAGCUGAAUCAAGAAAGUACGACUAAUCAGCUUAGUGCGUCACAGCCUCAGGAGACAGGAGACUUCGACAGCACUCUUACGGCUACCGUACCUACUUUUGAAUUCGACCUAGACAGCGACGAUAAACCUGGAUCGGAUCUCAGAGAACCACAAAGGCUCCGUGCGACUAAGUUCUUUGACAUGUUAGAGAACAUUAUGUACACAGACGAGAUUGAGGGUUAUUGGCAAGCCGUAGAAAGUGAUCGACAACCGCCCACGGAUCUGGAGCUAUCACUAAUCGCUUUAACGACUACAGACACGAAGAACACCGAGUCACUACAAGAGGGACUUGCCGUACCUGUCCCCAGUCUAAUCAAUUAUGGCGACGAUCCAAAUCUCGACCCAAACAUAUGGGAGUUCGAGGUAGAUAACGAAUUUGUAUCAAGUCUUUUGCCCGCUUCCAAUGGCUUGAAUAGGUCGUCAUCUGAAACUCGCAUCUCUUCGAAUCUAUGCAACAAGUGUGAGGAGUUUCGCGACCGUGUCUGGAACCCAGGAUUCAACAUCACUUACCAAGUCCAAGACUUGUUGUCAAGCGCCAUAAAGCAAGAGUGCGAUCUGUGCUGCCUACUAUGGCGAACUUGCAAGCGAAAUCAAGGUACCUCGGUGUCUACUGCUCAGUUUCAGAGAAUCGGAUCUGUAUUGAUGAUGAACGGUGGUCAUAUCCCGGUGCUUUCACUCUUUCGUAGCCCUGAGUACCGCGUUCCGGCUGUAAACAGUAUCCAAAUCGGAUUUGCUACGCUUCCUGAUGUUGGCAGUUCAAUACAUUUCGAAGUCAUCCGUCGGUGGCUCGACGAUUGCGACGAGAAGCACCAAGGAUCGACAUGCAUGCCAGCGAGGCAAGAGUAUCCACAUACACCCAAGGAAAUACCAACACGCCUUAUCGACGUCGGUGAUACGAGCAAUGACAUGGUUCGCCUAUGGGAAACAGGGAAACAAGACACUGUAAAGUGGAUUGCACUAUCCCAUCAAUGGGGAGAGAACCCGCCUCACUACUCCACCACGCGCCAUAAUCUCGCAGACCACAUCCUUGGUACAAAACUUGAAGAUCUCCCCGCUACAUUCAAAGAUGCUGUUCGUGUCACACGAGCUCUAGGACAUCGAUAUCUCUGGAUCGACUCCCUUUGUAUAAUCCAGGGUGAUGAUGGAGACUUCCUACAAGAGGCUAAACGGAUGGAGAUCUACUACAGCGGAGCAUACUGCGUUAUUGCGGCUAGCUGUGCCAGUGGCCAUUAUGCGGGGUUUCUGCAUGCACGCAUCGAAAGAGACCAUGUUUCCCUUGUCCGCGAGACCGAUUCUCAAGCUCCUUUUCAUAUUUGCGAGACUAUCGAUAACUUCAAGUCUGAUGUGUUGGAGGGUGCUCUAAACCGCCGUGGCUGGGUGCUACAAGAGCAUGCUCUUGCUCGUCGCACCAUCUUCUUCACAGAGAACCAAACAUAUUGGGAAUGCGGUAAUGGUGUGCGAUGCGAGACAUUAACCAAAAUGAACAACAAAUCAGCCAAGUUGCUCGGGGACCCCAACUUUCCUGAGAUCCUCUUCUCGGCUCCACAACGUGAGAGGAUUGAGCGAUAUCAAGAGCUCUACCGGGUUUACUCGCGCCUUGGUCUUUCCAGAGCGUACGAUCGGCCCGCAGCUAUCGGCGGCUUACAGCAACGUCUUCUUCGCACCAUGGCCGUCAAGGGCGGAUAUGGCAUCUUAUACGAAGACACAAUUCAAGGCACACUCGCUCGGAGCCUCUUAUGGCACCGUGGAGGCGAUACAUCUAGUCUCACUCGGAUCAAAUUUACUGGCGUCAGUGUCCCGUCCUGGUCGUGGAUGGCUUAUACCGGCGGGAUCGAUUAUCUCAGCCUGGACUUUGGUAGGAUUGAUUGGGAGAAGAUAGAGUCGCCAUGGUCGCGCUCGGACAAGAGUGAUGGAACCGAUACACUUACCGCGGUGGCUCAAAGAUACAACGAGGAUACAGCCAGUGAGCGUCAGAGUACUUUCAUUUUCGAUCUUCCAGAAUAUGCUGAGCAAUAUGAGACGAUUUGUGUGGUAUUGGGAGUCCAGAAAGGAUCGAUGCCUCUUAGUGACAAGAGACAUUAUGUGCUGCUCGUCGUGCCAACAAACGGUUCUGGACGCAGCAGAACCAGCUCAUUUGAAAGAGUUGGCGUAGGCUAUCUGCCAGGGAGGUGUAUUGCCACUGAAUCCACAUCAGUCAAUAUCCAUUGA